AUGUCAGAGCCACAGGCAGCUGCUGCCGCGCCGCCGGAGCAGGGCAAGAGUGCCGUCACCUCCAUUAUCCAGAGUGUGGGCCUUUUCCUGCUCAUCCAGGGUGGCAUGAAGUAUUUUAUGCCACAGGCACCCAAGACGGCGCCUUCCACCGACCCCGCGCAGCCCGGAACUGUCGCAAAACCAUCCGGUAAUGUCGUUAUGCCUGCCUGGGAGCAGCGUCCCCAGGCCCUUGAACCGGGUGCCCAGUGGAGCUAUGUCCCCCAGGCUGCUGCACCCAUGUGGCCUACUGGUACAGAGAUGGAUAUUUCCAUGUACAUCUCGGCGUCGGUCGCUAUGCCGCCGCUCACGUCUAUGCCGAAAGAGUCGUUGUUGAUCGAAGAGAAGAACUUCAAGUUUGGUGACUUUAGCGAGAACAGGGAGGUUCAUACCGAGUUCAAGGUGCCCAAGGAGGUGCAGCAAAAUGCAACGCUACUCGCUCACUUCUACGUGGCGCAGAGCGGCAGCGUGCUCGACCCUACGCAACCAGGCUAUGACACCGCCAAGGCCUAUCACUUCAUUCGCCCAUUGUCGCAAUACCAGCCCAAGAAGAAGAUUGCCAAGACAAGGAACUUGCUGAGCGACAUGCCCGAGAAAGACGCCGUGGAAACCGAAGAGGAGAAGAAGGCGCCCAAGAUUGUCGCCAACUACUACCACCCUAACUUUACCGUCUCCCUAAUCCCAGACGCGGGCACCGUACCGUACGCCACCAUGCAUCCCGGCCCUCGAAAGUACAUUACUCUUGAGGCCACUGGUGCACGCGACGCGACUGGCCAGUAUGGUUGGUACUACCCCAUCGUCUUCACCAACACCUUUUGGCAGCUCAAGAAGGACAUGAUUGAGCUCAACGACACCGUCUCGACCCUCCCGCUUCACGUCAAGCUCAACAACGUUGCGCACUGGAAAUAUAAUGUCUUCGCCGCCAUGGACGAAAACAUCCAAGCGAAUGCCCGGGCUGCAGCUGCAGGCCAAUCUACACCUGGAGGUGGCGACGGCUCGGAAAUGGAAAUGUUCAAGGAAAUCAUCAUUGACAGCAACUCAUACCUGUUGGCUGUGACGGCUGUCGUGUCUGUCCUCCACAUGAUUUUCGAGAUGCUUGCCUUCAAGAACGACGUGCAGCAUUGGCGCAAGAAGAAGGACAACGUCGGUACCUCGGUCCGCACCAUCCUUGCAAAUGUCUUCAUGCAGGGUAUCAUCUUCCUCUACCUUAUCGACAACAACGAGAAUACGUCAUACAUGAUCUUGUUCGGUCAGGGUAUGGGCAUUGCGAUUGAGGCCUGGAAGAUUACCAAGACGGUCAAUGUUCGCGUGCGCCCCACAGCACCUGGCUCUCUCAUCCCCUACACCGUUGUCUUCGAGGACAAGCACGUCUUGUCUGAAACGGAGAAGAAGACCGAAGAGUACGACGCCAUUGCCUUCAAAUACCUCUACAUGGUUGCCGUCCCACUGCUCAUUGCCUACGCCAUCUACUCGCUCAUGUACGAGACGCACAAGUCGUGGUACUCGUUCAUCAUCACCACGCUCGUCGGCUCCGUCUACGCAUACGGCUUCCUCAUGAUGGUCCCCGCUCUGUACAUCAACUACCGUCUGCAAUCCGUGGCCCACAUGCCCGGCCGCGCCAUGACAUACAAGUUCCUCAACACCUUCAUCGACGACCUCUUUGCCUUUACCAUCAAAAUGCCCACCCUGCACCGCCUGGCUACCCUCCGCGACGACGUCAUCUUCUUCGUCUACCUCUUCCAGACGUGGAAGUACAAGGUCGAUUACAACCGUGUCAAUGAGUUUGGCCAGGGCGGCGACGACGAGGAGGUGGAAGAAAAGGACGCAAAUAAGCCGCUGGCUGCGCAUCCUGAUGGCAACAAGAGCGCAAAGGCGCCGGACGCAGAUAAAGUGAAAAAGGUGCAACAGGAAAAGGAGGAGGCUCAGGCUACGGGCGCCCAGACGAAGGGGUCUGCGACGAAGAGAAAGUAGAAUUGUGUGGAAGCUCUUUUCUUCUCUUUUUUAAUUGCCUUGGAAAUGGGGGAAACCGAACUUGUGUACGUAGGGUACUUGCUUGGUCUCUUGAGGGUGAGGAAGCGGAGAUAUGUAAUGAUACUAGUAGCUUAGUACGUCGACCGAAUGAAUA